AGCGAGCACAGAGGACACUCGGCUCGCGGCGCGCACUCGGCCGGCACGCUCGCGUCACCGCUCGAGCUGACAUGGCAUACGAUCGCGCUCCGUCAUUUGUAAACAACAAUUCUAACCGAUAAAAGUUUUUGAAUUUAGAAGCCACAUCAUUGACAACGAAUUCUGUUUCAAUUAUUGGUAUAUUUUUAUUACGGGACAAAAGAUGAAGUUACGACUAGUGAAUUGAAAACCUAUCGUGUGACUGAGUUUCUAAUUACAAAUAGCAAUUAUUUGAAGUGUGUGAGUGAACUCAUGACAUUAUUAAAAUGAUGUUUUUGUUGCUAAUUACGUUAUGUGUCCUGACAUCGGGUCACGAGAUAACGCAGCUGAAGGUGCCGCUGCACGCGGACCCGCGGCGCGCGGCCGAGCUCAGCUGCCACUUCCGCAUGGACGACCAGAAACUGCACUCCGUCAAGUGGUACCGCGACCUGCACGAGAUCUUCCGAUACAACCCCUCGCAAAAGACACAAAUCCGCUUGUUCAACGUGACCGGCAUCAUGGUGCAAGGCGGGUCAUGCGAGCAGGAGUCGUGCGUGGUGCGCGUCAUGCCGCUGCCGCAGGCCACGCGCGCGGCCUACACCUGCGAGGUCUCCACCGAGGGACCCAUGUUCCAGAUCGCCCGCCAGACCAAACAUAUGACCGUUGUUGCUAUGCCUGACAAGGAUCCAGUUAUAAGCGGAGCUCCACAUUUUGUGCGGCCGGGGGAGCAGAUGCUGCUGAACUGUUCGACGGACUACUCGCUGCCGCCCGCAGACAUUAAUUGGUACAUCGAUGACGAAAUACAAAAGCCCGAAGCGUGGCAGCAUACGGAGCUGAGCGCGCCGCUGGCGGGUGGGCUGCGCGCGUCUUGGCGCGUGCUGCGCAUGCGCGUGCCCGCCACCGCCAGCGGCGCGCUGCGCGUGCGGUGCGAGUCCGUGCUGAAGGUCGAUCCACCUGUGCUACGUGACGCCGCCGCUACUGUCACCGUCAACACUAGGACACAGCUUUAUGAUAAAUAUGUUUCUAACAGAGGUGUAGAUUUCUACGUGCACGCAAACGCGGUAGUAGCCAUUGUGGUUCUCACUCUCAUAUCAAGGUUUAUGAGCUUAUGAGGACAGAAUUAAUUGUGUCUGGUGAUAUUAGACAUAAGUUUAGAUGCAUCAUUUUAUCGGUCUAUGUUCGAUAUAUUUUUUGUUCUAUAUUGAAAAAUGUCCAUAGAAAAAUAUUGUACCUACUCUCAGAAUGCAUAAAACAAAAAGUACCUACAGAUCAUAAAUGCCGUUUAUAAACAGCUUAUCAAAUAGGAAAAUAUUUUUUGUACAUUGUAAAUUAUAAAAUUCUAUGAAAAACUUAAAAUGUAGGUAUACUUAAAGCACGUUUAAACCAUACCCAAGGUGUGUAUAGAAGUAUUAUAACUUUUUAAUAGCUGUUUGUUCAACAAGGAGGCAAAGUUGUUGUUUAACGCCUCGUGAUAAUAUUUAUACCCAAGCAGGCGUAAGUUCACAAAUGUGGAAUCUUGAGUGUUGCGAGAGUUUCAAGGCACGAGGGCUAAACAAACAUUUUUACCGUGAAACACACUUUACCACACCAACGCAAGGAAAAUAUUAACUGUAAAAUGCUAGCAAAAAUGUUUGAAUCCCCCACCAACACCCCACCAACCAACGGCUCAACAUAGACGGCUAAAAGUAAUUCCGGUAGACUUCACGGGGUAGCAAGAUACCACUCAUAUUUUCAUCUGACGCGCUCGAGUAACUACCAAAAUCCUCUCAAAUGCAUUUCCUUUAUCUGACAAUCACAAGUUCGACGCCCGAUUUCCACAUUGUAACCGUCAGAUUAAGGAAAUGCCUACAAAUAAUUGUGAGAUUUAGUAAUAGCACAAUUACUUAUAGCAUUCAUUUGGAUUAACAUGACCAAAUCAACAAUCUGCUUAACGAUGUAUUGAACCCUCCAUCAACCAACGGCUCAACAUGACGGCUAAAAGUGGUUAAGGUAGACUUCACGGGGUAGCAAGAUAUCACUCGUAUCUUUAUCUGACGCGCUCGAGUAACUACAACAAUCCCCUCUUGGGCUCUCCAACUAUGAGUUAAAAACUAAAUAUUUUCAUAAACUUACUUUGCCCACAGGAGUGGCUAAAUUGCAAUUUUCUCAUCAGCUUUUGAAGAAUAAAGAUAUAUAGCCUUUAUGAGCUGCUGUGGUGAAAAUAUUUGAUUGAAAGCGUGUCCAGUUUUGUAGUUUCUCUGAGCGUUCAUUAAUUUUACUAUAAUAUAUAUAAGUAACUAGACAUUAAUCUAAUGGCUGUGUUUUCCUUAAUGUUAAGUCAAUUCUAUGCACGAGAUCUUUCAACUAAACUGUACAGUUACACAAAAUUGUUGUUUUCGUUUAAUUAACCGUAACACAUAAAUGGAAUACGUAAUUAAACAUAUAAAUACAAUA